AUGGCCCCUCGCAGCGGCAAAGCCGUUGUUAUCGGAGGGGGAGGAUACUUUGGCAAUCGACUGGCGAAGCGUUUGGCGGCUCUGGGAUACGAUGUGGUGGCCCUGGACGUGCGAGUGGAGCCUGCAGCAGGCGUGGAGGCGGUGGUGGGCGACGUGAGGGACGCCAAGCUUCUGCAGGGCAUUUUCCAGGGGGCAGACGUCGUCUUCCACACGGCGUCGUACGGCAUGAGCAUGCGCGAGCAGCUGCACACGGUCAUCAUCCAUGCGGUGAAUGUGCAGGGCACGGACAACGUGGUGGCGGCCUGCAUCGCAUGCGGCGUGCCCAGCCUGGUCUACACCUCCACCUACAACACGGUGUUUGGCGGGGUGGAGAUCGUGGCCGGCGACGAGUCCCUGCCCCUUUUCCCCCUGGACGCCCACUGCGACGCCUACUCCCGGACUAAAGCCUUGGCAGAGCAGGCGGUCCUGGCGGCCGACGGCGCGCGGCAUGUUGGAAAGGACGGCGACCCAGGCAGGGGGCGGCUGCACACCACCGCACUUCGGCCGGCGGCCAUCUACGGCGCGGGCGAGCGGCGGCACCUGCCCCGCACGGUGGAGAACGCGCGGCGUGGCUGGUACAAAUGCACCUUUGGCAAGCCCUCCAGCCUCACCGACAUGGUGCAUGUGGAUAAUCUCGUGGAGGCGCACGUCCUCGCGGCGCGCUCGCUGGCCCAUGCGAACGGUGGUGAGGCGGCGGGGCAGGCCUACUUCAUCUCAGACGGCUCGCCCAUCAACAUGUUCAGGUUCUUUGAGCCCCUCCUGGUUGGGCUCGGCUUCCCCACGCCCCACCUGCGCCUGCCCCUCCUCGUGGUCUACUGCCUGGCCUGGCUGACGGAGCUGAUCUGGCAGGUGGUGCACCCCGUCUGGGACUUUGAACCACUCCUGGUCCGGGCCGAGGUGCUCAAGGUGGGGGUGACCCACUACUUCAGCAUCGACAAGGCCCGGACGGAGCUGGGGUAUGCGCCCAUCUCCACAGACCUGGUACAGUGCGGCGCCCUGGAGUGGUUCCUGGAGCGCAUGCCAGAGGAACGCCCACGAGGCAGGGGAGGCAGCGUCCUCUUUGUCCUCGCUGCUCUCAUAGGAGUGUUCCUGGUCCUGCAUGCGCUCCUGCGCGCCUGA